GGCAACCCAGCACUUCGCUCCAGGAGACGUUCCUCUCCGUCCCCCUUCGACCCCGUGAGUCCUAACCCGCACUCCCCCUCCCGUUCCCUCGCAUCCCACACACGUCCUCGACCGCUGUCUCAUUGCGAUUUCUCUCGCUCUCUGUUCCAUUAAUCUGCUUCUUCGCAUUAGUUUUCUCGUGCACAGGUCGCUGCCGAAGAUGGGAGGUUACACUAAAGUCUGGACGCUGCUCCUCGUCCUGUCGGUGGCCGCGAAGGCCACUCAGGCACAAACUUGCUCCGCGACGGAUCAAUCCGCACUGUUGUACGCCUCGCGGGAGAUUGUUCUGUCCGGGAAGGCUUUCAUGACGUGGUUGGAUGGAACGAACUGCUGCACCUGGGAAGGAGUCACAUGCAACAGCGCUGGAAGAGUGGAGGCUUUGACCAUCGUCUCGGCUGAUGUUCCGGCCCCGCCUCCCACCGGCCCCACGUACACAAUCUGCUCCGGUCUCGCAGAUUUGAACUCACUCAGGAACCUCACCAUCGUCAAUGUCGCCCUCAAUGGUGAUCUCCCCACCACCAUCGGCGGGCUCACCAACCUGCAGGUGAUGAACAUCGAUGGAUGCAAUCUCGUCGGAGCCGUCCCCGCCGAAGUCUGCAAGCUGUCCGGUCUGAGCACCCUCAUCUUGAAGAACAACCUUCUCGAUUCUUACCCAGAUUGCAUCAACAGCAUGGGCUCCCUCUCUACGAUCGACUUGACCGGCAACAAAUUCGGCGGUGCCCCGAAGAAACCCUAGAUGUCAAUAGAACGCAUGGAUUUUGGAUAUCUUAAGAACGGGUCGUGCUUUUACUGUCGAGUCGAGUCGGAAGGCCUUGUGUAGGUCAUGAGAAGUACUGGAGAAUUGGUGCAGGUGACCAAUCUGCCGUGAGGCCCCACAGUGAAUCGCCUUAGACAGACUUGCUGAACUGCGAAUCAGACCUACAUCCGAACUCGCAUACUCAAUUGUAUCGUACGCAGGAACUGUAUUAGUUCCGGUACAGGUGUGGACUAUAUCUUUGUAUACAUAUGAUUUGCAAUUCAAGAAAA